CUUUCAACGUUUUUAUUUCGAGCACCUGAAAAUUCUAGUUUUGCACCGUUUUUUAUAAAAUAAAAAAUCCAAAAUUAUAACAAAAAACUAAAUUAAAAUCUCCUUUUUACAAAUACUCAGCAAAUUGUGUGAAAUUCUCUUAAAAUCAGAUGAAAUUAUUGAAUCAAAAAAAGCAAAUACGAGAAAAAAUCAUUGAAUUUACCCUCAAGGGGGUUGCUUGUUUUUAUUUGGAAAAACAUUAGGAAAAAAUAAUAAAAUCUAUGAAGAAAAUGUAAAAAGUGUUCAAUGUGUGUGCGAGUGCAGAUGGUACAUGAGUGUGUUCCUCUUAAGUGUUGUGUGCGUGCUGGAAUUUGUAUUCGGUUUUCUUUUGUUUAUGGUCUAAAUUUGUAUAAAAGUUUGUUGUUGUUUGAUUUUUUUUUUUUUGCAAAAAGUGAGGAAAAACAAAAAUCAUAAAAAUUUUAUAACGAAUACCGAGUUUAACUGUCAAAUAAACUGCCAAAAUGCAGUCUUUUAAAGCGGAUGAAUUACCGGAAAAUCCGCGGGAGACCGCAAAUCCAUUAUCAGCAUUAAUGUUUUGUUUUGCAAUGCCCACAUUUUUUAAGGGUCGUAAAAAAAUAUUGGACGAAAAUGAUCUCUAUAAAGCUUUAAAGGAACACAAAUCUGAUUUUCUGGGACAUAAACUUAGCGUAGCAUGGGAGGAAGAAUGCAAUAAAAAACAAAUGAAACACAAGGAGCCCAGUCUUCUAAAAGCGGUAUUAAAAGUAUUUGGUUUACGUUUUGCUACUUUGGGUCUAGUGCUUUUUAUUUUAGAAAUUGGUUUACGUGUCACUCAACCUUUAUUUUUGGGCGGUUUAGUUUCAUACUAUGCUAAGCCCGAAAGUAAUACGAGUGGUGAUCAAACCACUGCGUAUUUAUACGCAUUGGGUGUGAUCUUAUGCAGUGCAUUAAAUGUUUUCUUUAUGCAUCCUUACAUGUUAGGCAUACUGCAUACGGGCAUGAAAAUACGAGUGGCCAUGUGCAGCAUGAUAUAUCGUAAGGCACUGCGUUUGAGUAAAACAGCACUGGGUAAUACGACAUCCGGUCAAGUGGUCAAUCUAAUAUCGAACGAUGUUGGCCGCUUGGACACGUCAAUGAUACACAUGCACUAUUUGUGGUUGGGUCCAGUUGAAAUAGUGAUUAUAACAUAUUUGAUGUACAGAGAGAUUGGUGUGUCUUCCCUAUUUGGUGUUGCCAUUAUGAUUCUAUUCCUGCCACUCCAAGCCUUUUUGGGCAAAAAGACUUCCGUAUUACGUCUACGUACUGCAUUGCGUACCGAUGAACGUGUACGCAUGAUGAAUGAAAUCAUUUCCGGUAUACAGGUUAUAAAAAUGUAUGCUUGGGAAAUACCUUUUGGUAAAAUGGUCGAAUAUGCUCGAUUCAAAGAAAUGAAUGCCAUACGUUAUGUCAAUUAUAUACGUGGUAUUUUACAAUCCUUUAUUAUGUUCUUAACCCGCAUCUCAGUGUUUGCCAGUUUGGUGGGCUUUGUUCUAUUGGGCAAAUUGCUAACGGCCGAAAAAGCUUUUGUAAUUACAGCUUACUACAACAUUUUGCGCAACACAAUGACCAUCUAUUUUCCCAUGGGUAUUUCACAAUUCGCUGAAACUAUGGUUUCCUUUAAGAGAAUCCAAAAGUAUAUGAUGCAUGAGGAGACAAAAGUUCGUGAUAAAUCUCUUGAAGUUGAUAGUGAGAACAAUAAACUACAACCCACUGCCAUUAUAGAGGAGAAUGGUAAAGCUAUUGCCAUGAAUGGUGUCAUAAAGCCCACGACAACUACUACCAAUCAUAAUGCUCAUCAAAUGGAUGCUGGCGUAGUGAUAAGUAAACUUAAGGCUAAAUGGGACUCACAAUCUACGGAGUAUACCUUGGAUGGCAUAGAUUUAAAAAUAAAACCACGUACCCUGGUAGCGGUAAUUGGUCCUGUCGGUUCGGGAAAAUCCAGCUUAAUUCAAGCUAUACUUGGUGAACUACCCGCUGAAUCUGGUUCUGUUAAUGUUAACGGCACUUUGUCAUAUGCUUCCCAAGAGCCCUGGCUAUUCACUGGUACGGUGCGUCAGAAUAUUUUGUUUGGAUUGCCAAUGGAUAAGCAGCGCUAUCGCACAGUUGUGAAAAAGUGUGCGCUGGAACGUGACUUUGAGUUAUUGCCCUACGGUGAUAAGACAAUUGUAGGCGAACGCGGCGCUUCACUGUCUGGUGGUCAAAAAGCCCGUAUUAGUUUAGCCAGGGCUGUGUAUCGCAAAACGGAUGUCUACCUUUUGGAUGAUCCCUUGAGCGCUGUCGACACUCAUGUCGGUCGUCACUUGUUCGACCAAUGUAUGCGGGGUUUUUUGCGUGAUGACAUUGUUUUGCUCGUUACACAUCAGUUACAAUUCAUGGAACAGGCGGAUCUUAUUGUGAUUAUGGAUAAGGGACGCAUUAGUGCUGUGGGCACAUUCGAAUCGAUGCGUAAGAGUGGUUUAGAUUUUGCAAAACUGCUAAUGAAAGCCGAUCAACAGGAGGAGGCAAAUGGUAAGGCAGCAGCUGGUGAUGCUCCUGAGAACAAUAAAUCAGCGUUAUCCCGACAAAAUAGCAAAAUGCGCUCGCGUCAAAAUAGUGUUUCUUCGAUGAGUUCAGCGGCAGAUUCGGCGCCCGGUGAUUCGCCUAUGCAAGUCCAAGAAAAUCGUGAAGGAGGAAAAAUUGGUUGGAAACUAUAUAAGAAGUACUUUGGUGCUAGUGGAGGUUACAUUUUAUUUGCUGUAAUGGCUUUCUUCUGUGUUGGUGCGCAGGUAUUAGCAUCCGGUGGUGAUUAUUUCUUGUCAUAUUGGGUAAACAAAAAUGGACAAGCACAAAGUCAAGUUACAGACGCAUAUAGACGUCCGGAGGCUCGUUUAGAUAGCAAUACCGAUCCUGUUGAUUUGUAUAUCUUUACAGCACUUAAUGUUUCUAUUAUUUUCUUCGCAUUGACACGUUCUCUGCUCUUCUUCAAUUUGGCCAAAAGAUCUUCCACGAAUUUACACAAUGCUAUGUUUAAGGGUGUAACCAGAGCUGCCAUGUAUUUCUUUAACACCAAUCCUUCGGGACGUAUACUUAACCGUUUCUCCAAAGAUUUGGGUCAAGUUGAUGAAAUUUUACCUGGUGUUAUGAUGGAUGUAAUACAAAUCUUUUUGGCUUUACUCGGUAUAGUGGUGGUAUUGUGCAUAGUUAAUCCCUGGUAUUUAUUGGCCACUGCCUUGUUGGGUGUUAUAUUCUACUUUUUGCGUUCGUUCUAUUUGAAUACUUCAAGAGAUGUAAAACGUCUGGAGGCUAUAACUCGUUCACCCAUUUACUCACAUCUAGGUGCUUCUCUAAAUGGUCUUUCCACUAUACGUGCUUUCGGUGCCCAAAAGGUAUUGAUUGCUGAAUUUGAUAACUAUCAAGAUAUGCAUAGUUCAGGCUAUUUUAUGUUUUUGGCUACAAGUCGUGCCUUUGGCUAUUGGUUAGAUUGCUGUUGUGUUCUCUAUAUUGCCAUUAUCACCUUGAGUUUCUUCCUUUUCUCUCCGGAAAAUGGCGGUGAUGUAGGUUUAGCCAUCACUCAGGCUAUGGGUAUGACCGGUAUGGUACAAUGGGGCAUGCGUCAAUCGGCCGAAUUAGAAAAUACGAUGACAUGUGUAGAACGUGUUGUAGAAUAUGAAGAUUUAGAGGCUGAAGGUGAAUUUGAAUCUCCACCGAAUAAAAAACCACCAAAAUCUUGGCCAGAAGAUGGUCAAAUUAUUUUUGACAAUUUAAGUUUACGUUACUUCCCCGAUCCCAAAUCAGAGUGUGUUUUGAAGGCUCUAAAUAUCUCCAUCAAAGCCAGAGAAAAGGUUGGCAUUGUUGGUCGCACCGGUGCUGGAAAGUCGUCAUUGAUUAAUGCACUCUUUAGGCUUUCCUAUAAUGAAGGCUCGGUGAUUAUCGAUAAACGUGAUACUAAUGAAUUGGGUCUUCAUGAUUUGCGUAGUAAAAUUUCUAUUAUACCUCAAGAACCUGUAUUGUUCUCGGGUACUAUGCGCUAUAAUUUAGAUCCAUUCGAGGAAUAUUCAGAUGCUAAAUUAUGGGAAUCAUUAGAUGAGGUCAAAUUGAAGGACGUUGUUUCUGAAUUACCUUGCGGUUUACAAAGUAAAAUAUCUGAAGGUGGCACCAAUUUCUCUGUGGGCCAAAGACAGCUGGUAUGUUUAGCCCGCGCUAUAUUACGUGAAAACCGUAUAUUAGUCAUGGAUGAAGCCACUGCCAACGUUGAUCCACAAACUGAUGCCUUAAUUCAAACCACCAUACGAAAUAAAUUCCGACAAUGUACUGUCCUGACAAUAGCACAUCGUUUACACACCGUCAUGGAUUCCGAUAAAGUGUUAGUAAUGGAUGCUGGUCGUGCUGUCGAAUUUGGUUCACCAUUUGAAUUGUUAACACAAAGUAGAACAAAUAUAUUUUAUGGAAUGGUGAAACAAACGGGAAAUACAACAUUUGAUAGUUUAUUGAAAGUAGCACAAAAGGCUCAUGAGGAGAAUUUAAAGGCGAAAAAAGAUUCUUGACAUUUCGUAACUGUACCUAAAGUAUUUAAAGAUUAUAUAUUAAAAAUAUUGGAACCAAUAACAAAUCAUCCAGCAAAUGCUAGAAUACAAAAGACAUUAUUUUUUGAUAACAACACAAUAUCAACAACAACAUCAUCUAUAACAACAAUAACAAAACCAAAAUUUUUAGGCUAACAUUUUCUAAAUUAUAUAGAAAAAAUUUAAG